ACAGAUGAACGUCAUCAGUAUUGGACGAUAAUCAACACAGAUAGGAAGUAAAACGGAACGGGAAAAACAAAAACGGCCGGAAUACAAAAUAAAACAGGAAACUUAAAGAAUAAAUCGACUGAUCUUUUUUAUAGAUGUUUCACAAUCAUUUGGUUCCUGUUGAAGUCAGUUAUAUUGCUCACUCACUCGCCACGCAUUACAAUUAGAUUUUAAUUUCCUCUGAAUAUGGUUGUUACUUGUAAGUUUAACAACUUUUGUUGUUACCAAGACAUCAUCAUGUUCACAGCAGCAAUAUUGCAACUAGUAAAUACAGUUUUAAAUGGGACUUUUACUAAAAAGUAGUAAUUCUACUGUACUUACAGUAAAGUUUUAUUUUUGAUACAUAUUUAAAAUGUAGGACAACGUAGCUGAAAUAUUAGGAAGCUGGGAAAUGUUUUCAUGUACCGCCACCAUGUUGAAAAACUACCGCACCUGAAUUUGAAAAUUGAUUCUGCAAGUGUGCAUCUACACUUGUGUUAAUUACUCAAAGAACGUGAGCGGGAAAAGGAACGCACCCACACGUAUCAGUUAAAUAUAGUAACUCUCGUCAAGAAAGAUUAAAUUAGCUCAAUACUGUAUAUAGUUGUCAAAUAGUUUUCGAUUUAUUUAAAGGCACGACAAAGUACAUUUUUAGCACACGUACGCUCUGCUGUGAGUACUCAAACGAGCGCAAUUUAUUUCUGAUGUGAUUGCAACGCCGUGCUGAUAAAGAAAAGUGUAAAUGACAUGGAGCCCUGUCUUUCGACAGUAAAAUGUCUAAUUGAUAAACUGCUCAAGAGACAGCAGGUAGACUAUGGCGAGAUCAUAGAGAAAUUGUUCUCUGAAGUAUCGGGACUUGAAGAUUGUACCAAAAUAACAGAUCCACAGUGUGAGGAGUGUGCCAUCCAGCUGUGGAACUGGGCAGUCACAAAGAAUGUGGGCUCUGCACUAAGUAACAAUCAGAAGGCCAAAGUUCGCCAUGUUGCGUGUAAUCUGCUGUACUUCUGUGAGCCUGAGCAUCCAACAGAGGGCGUCAUCCGCAAGCAGAUUCUGAUGUCUAGCAAAACAGGAAGAUCCUGGCUGGACUGCAAAGAUCCCCAGAUGGCAGAUCAUUUUCUAAGGCUUGCAGUGAAGAGUCUGGAGAACCUUUACAGCCAACUGACAUCCAGAAGUGCUGGAGUAGCUGACAUGACUUUUACCAAGGGAGAUGUGGAAAAGGAUCUUCUUCGAAUUCUCUCAUUCCAGGCCGAAUCGGCCAUAAGUCAAGGGAACAACCAGGAGGCUGUGGCCUACAUUCAACGUUGUAAAGACAUGCUGCAAGGGCUACCAAAAGAGACUGUCUAUCUCUCCCUUAUGUGCUACAAUUUUGGAGUAGACACAUACAAUUUGACAAAGUUUGAGGACAGUGCUUUUUGGUUGCGCCAAAGCUAUGAUAUUGGGAAACUGAAUAUGAAAUAUGCGCCUCGCCCUGAAGCCCAGGCAAAAGUGCUGAGACUCCUUGCUACUGUUUACUUAGAGUGGGACUGUCAUAAGUUUCAGGAGAAGGCUCUGAAUGCUGCAGACUUAGCCAACAGGGAAUAUGCCACCGUCUCUGGGCAGCACUUAAAGAUCAGAAUUCUCCUGAGAUGUAGGUCCUCGGAUGAUCACGUGAGAAGAGGACUAGAUGAGAUGCUAAAAUUAGACGUUCCUAUUGAGGUGUGUCUGGGCAUGGUAAAACUACUUAUGACUGAGGACAGAGAAGUGCUGGCAUUUGAGUUUUUAAAACAUGUGUGUCAGCGCUUUGCCUCCUCUCCUGACCUUGGAAGUGCUCUGGUCUUGAACAUUGAACUUCUGCUGCAGAGAGGAAAGGAGCUGCUGGGUAAACAGAAGAUAGAGGACAUUAUCACUGGACACUAUACAGGAAAACAGCUGACUCCACAGACUCUUUCUAGUCUACAUGUCAUUCUGUGGGAUAAAGCAUCAAAAUAUUUUGAGGACAAGAAAUACUCAGAGGCUCUGCAAUGGUAUAGUUACUCCCUGAGUUUCUUCAAGGCGGGUCAGAUGGAGCCCAACUUAGCCAAACUGCAGAGGAACAGAGCUUCCUGUUUUCUGCAACUAAAGCAACUAGAUAAGGCCAAAGAAGCGGUUAAAGAAGCAGAGCGCUGCGAUCCUGAGAAUAUUUUUACUCAGUUCAGUGUUUACAAGAUUGCUGUUCUGGAGAACAAUGUCAAAAAAGCUGCAGAGGCAGUGAAUGCCAUAGGACAACUGUCUCAGAGUCCUAUAGCCAAAGAGGACAAACUGCUGGUUUCUGAAGAUGCUGCUUCCAGUCUCCUUAGUCUGGCUGCUCAGAUCGCUUUGAAGAAUGAACAGCAGGAAACUGCCAUAAAGGCACUGGAGAGUCUGUGUGAAAAUUCCACAGAUGAAGCACAGGUUUUGACUGCUCUCAGAUGCUUGGUUCGGCUUGUGCUUUCGACGCUGGAGAAGACAAGUGAGGAGAUGAGGAUUGUGGGUAUGGAUACUUUGCUGCCAUAUUUAAAAAUGGCUCUGCAGAAGAUUUCUCACCAGUCUCACAUGAGUGUUGAGCAGCGCACAGAUGAAGCUAACUGGUUCAGGAAGAUUGCCUGGAACUCGGCUCUGCAGUGUGAGAGCAGCCCUGACAGGAUGAAGGAUUUCUUUGUACUCUCUUACCAGCUUUCCCAGAUAUGCCCUGAAGAUCGAACAUUGCUUAUGGGCCAGAAGACUUGCCUGCUCAUGGCUGCUGCUGCCUCACUUGAAGUCUGCAGGCGGUCUCCUCACUCUGAUCAGACUGAGGAGCUCACACAAGCUUUGGAGUACAUUCAGAUCUGUUGGGAUGUUUGGAAAACCCUCAAAGUUUCAGGAAGCUUCCCCCUGGACCCCACUGACACACUACUGUUGCUGUAUGAAUUUGAAGCUCGUGCAAAACUAAAUGACCCCAAGGUUGAAAUGGUACUGGAGUCUGUUCUGGAGCUGGAGAAUGUUGAAUCCAAGGUGCUUGAGAUCAUUGCAGCCUUAGCUAUGGAGCCCCCAGCCCACUUCCCAGUGCUGUGUAAGAAAGCCUUGAGAGUUGCUCUGUCGCUGCACAAGAAACAACCACAGACAGACCUGACCCGCUGCAGCAAGUGUAUCCACAGUCUGAUCAAGCUGUCCCUCCCGACCGGUGUGUCAGAGGUGGAGGCCCAUGGUUUAGAGGAGGUGUGGAGCUACUACGAGGAGGCCAUGUCCAUCCUUGCCACCACACCUGAAGACUUUCCAGAAACCGAGACUUUGUGGUUGCUAACUCGGGCCUGGAACACAGGAAUCCUGCUGUACAGCCUGGCUCGGUAUCCUGAAGCUGAGAAGUGGUGUGGCCUCGCCAUCAGGUUCGUGUGCCACCUGGGAUCUCUGCAGGAGAGCUACGAGAAACAGAUGUCUGGUCUUUACAGUGAAGUUCUGGACAAGUUGGACAAAGCCAAAAAGAACCUGGUCACUGAAGAAUAAUCUUCCUGUUGUCAACAGUCUGCUGGUAACUACAGUUAGACAUUUGUCAGAAUGUUGUUUUCAUAAUUAAUUCUUAGAUUUACCAAACUAACACUAACUAAGAUGUGUCAAAACUAAAGAACCUGGACACGAGUCCAUAUAAAUUACAUUAUGGAUCCAGAGCAGACCUGGACUAGUUUUAUUUAAUUUGAUUUACGCUGUCUAUAAGACGUAGUAGAUGAGGGCUUCUCUGUUGAAGGCUUUAUGGUUGCAGAGCGAAGAGCCACAAGAUGGCAGUGGAAUUCACUGUGGUCAGAGGACACAGGACAGGAAGUAAGACCAAAGGUUUAUAUAACAGAUGAGACUAAUUUCUACUAAAAUAUUUCUUGACAAAAAGUUAUUUCUGAACUCUGAGUGGAAAAUAUAGUUUUGUCCUCCAGGAUUCACUAGUGGCUCUGUCCGGUUCUUACAUACAGUCUAUGAUUUGUACCUGUUCAUUAACCAGUUUCAGUUUCUAACCAGUAGUUAUGUAGAAGAUAUGUUUGAUGUUCUGGUCCAGAUCUGCUUUGGAGUUUCCAUUUAAAAUCUUUGACAAAAUCUUUUCCUGUGUAGAUUGAGUUAAGCAUCGGUCAUUUUUCUUCUGGAGUUUCUUCUCAUCUAAUUGUAAUUGUAAUUACUGGUUAGAUUUUGGAUCAAUCCUCGUUCCUGGUCUUUACAAUCUCCUGUCAUAAAUUUAAAAAAAAAUGCUGUAUUUCACAGUUACUAAGUCAGUUCAGAUAGAAUAACAAGGACAUGAAAAUCAUAACUGAGUCACAUAUUUUAUUUUCAAACAAAUAAACUCUCAAGUCCCAAAAUAAAGCCCAAACAAAAAUAGCAGGACUGUUCCCUCAUGACUAGGACAGGGGAAGACCACAAGGCCCAGUGUCCUGAUGGGCUGAACCACCUGCAGUGACAGGAAGGAAACUACUGUACAAUCAAAGGGUUCAUGUUUGCAAGCACUUACUGCACAGAUGCGCCAUAAACAUAAACAUCACCCAGGAGUACGAACAAGAACCCUGACCCCCCCCCCCCCACC